CUUCUCCCUCCCUUUCCAUUCCAUAAUCUGUGGAUCUCUUUUCUCUGUCCCCUUAAAACUUCUCUCUUUCUCUAGCGGCUAACCCUUUUACGAAGUUGAAUGGAAGGGAAUUUUAAAAAAAUGUUGGCGGUGAUGAUAAACAAAUCCUCGUAAAUGUAAAUCUUCUCUGAUAGUUCACGGGUUCAGCAUCCGAAGGAACAAAAACGCGUGACUUGGUGAUCAUUUAGAUUGCAAAAUUGUUGAAUAGUUUCUCCUUUUCAGACUUUUGAGGGUCUCUUUGUGAUUUCCCCCCGUAUCAUUUAGACACUAUAGAAAAUGAGUUAGAUUAGUAGGCUUGCAGCUAUUAGUUAUCGCCUAAAACGCACUGUGCUCCGAAUGGACAAAUGAGAGUUUUUCGGUGCAACAAGUGAACCAGGCAAUCAGGGGCGAGCAUACUUGAGGCCCAGAGGGGUCGGCCACCCUCACACGAUUUUCAGAUUUUCAAUUGUUCUCUAGGCUAUUUUAGGUUUUCAGAAUUUUUUCUUAAGAUAUUUUGGUUUCACCUGCACUGAAUUUUCCUCCUGGGUCCACCCCUGCACGCGGUCGUGGGACAGAGGGAGGCUUCAUACGUGCAAGUUCUGGUUUUACUGGCCAAUGAUAAAGUUGAAGCAGUGUUUUAGCACAUUAGACCAAGACAGGAAGUUGACAAACUGUUCAAUGCAUUGAAGUGAAAAUCUGCUGAUUCUGGAAAUGGCUUCCAAUACAACAGUGAAAUGUCCAGCACCCAUGAAAGCCACAUCUGAUGGGGCUUUUCAAGGGGACAAUCCUCUUGAUUAUGCACUUCCUCUAGUGAUGUUGCAAAUAUGCCUGGUUGCAGUGCUAUCCCGAGUGCUCGCCUAUCUUCUCAGACCAUUAAGACAGCCUCGUGUGAUUGCUGAGAUAGUUGGAGGAGUCCUGCUUGGUCCUUCGGCUUUAGGGCGCAACCAUACGUAUCUUCAGGCCCUUUUUCCACCCAGAAGCCUUACAGUUUUGGAUACCCUUGCCAACCUUGGUCUCCUUUUCUUUCUGUUCCUUGUUGGCCUUGAGUUGGAUCCAAGGUCUCUAAAAAGUACUGGGAAAAAGGCGUUAAGCAUUGCCCUUUCAGGAAUCAGUGUUCCAUUUAUUUUAGGAAUUGGGACCUCAUACGUGCUUCGAGGAACUAUCUCCCAAGGUGUAAGCCAGGGUCCAUUUUUGGUUUUCAUGGGAGUGGCACUUUCUAUCACUGCCUUUCCUGUCUUGGCACGUAUUUUGGCAGAACUUAAGCUUUUAACCACCACUGUUGGACAAAUAGCCAUGUCCGCUGCAGCAGUCAAUGAUGUGGCUGCUUGGAUUCUACUUGCUCUGGCUAUUGCCCUGUCAGGCAAAGACAGUUCUCCCCUCGUUUCAUUGUGGGUCUUCUUGUGUGGGUCUGGUUUCGUAAUUCUGUGCAUAUUUGUUGCCCCACCUAUCUUCAAAUGGAUGGCACGACGCUGCCCUGAGGGUGAACCAGUAAAUGAGAUAUAUGUAUGUGGUACACUGGUUGCUGUUUUGGCUGCUGGAUUUGUGACAGAUUCCAUAGGAAUUCAUGCUCUCUUUGGGGCAUUUGUUCUUGGAGUUCUUGUCCCAAAGGAGGGACCCUUUGCAGGCGCUCUUGUGGAAAAGGUUGAGGAUCUUGUGUCUGGCCUAUUUCUUCCAUUGUAUUUUGUCUCAAGUGGACUGAAGACAAAUGUAGCCACCAUUCAAGGCGCUCAAUCAUGGGGUCUUCUUGUUUUGGUCAUUUUUACAGCUUGUUUCGGAAAGAUUGUUGGUACUGUUGUAGUCUCAAUGCUCUACAAGGUGCCUUUUAAAGAGGCGGUUACUCUAGGUUUCCUCAUGAAUACUAAAGGUUUAGUGGAGCUCAUUGUCCUUAACAUUGGGAGAGACCGAGGCGUUCUGAAUGAUCAAACGUUUGCAAUCAUGGUUUUAAUGGCUUUAUUCACGACAUUUAUGACAACACCUCUUGUUAUAUCAGUAUACAAGCCGGCUCAAAUGGCUACAUCACAAUACAAGAACCGAACUAUUAAGAGGAAGGACACAAGUAGUCAACUUCGCAUAUUGACCUGUUUCCAGAGUACAAGAAACGUUCCCACAUUGAUUAAUCUCAUGGAGGCUUCACGUGGCAUUGGAAAGAGGGAAGGACUUCGCGUCUAUGCUAUGCACUUGAUGGAGCUUUCCGAACGAUCAUCUGCAAUAUUAAUGGUCCAUAAGGCGAGGAAAAAUGGGAUGCCAUUUUGGAAUAAGUGGCAAGAUUCUGAUCCAAAUCAAAUUGUCGUUGCUUUUGAGGCAUUCCAGCACCUUAGCCAAGUGUCUAUCCGACCAACAACUGCAAUCUCAGCAAUGUCCAGCAUGCACGAGGACAUCUGUUCGAGCGCUGAGAAGAAGAGGGUAGCAAUGAUAAUUCUUCCCUUCCAUAAGCAUCAGAGACUUGAUGGACAUUUAGAAACAACACGAGCUGACUUGAGACAUGUAAACCGAAGGGUUCUUGAGCAUGCGCCGUGUUCUGUUGGUAUUUUAGUUGACCGGGGGCUUGGUGGGACUUCACAUGUGUCUGCAAGCAAUGUUGAGUAUACUGUUGCAGUCUUCUUCUUUGGAGGCAAUGAUGAUCGUGAAGCUCUUUCGUACGGUGCACGGAUGGCUGAGCACCCUGGCAUCAAUUUGAACGUCGUUCAAUUCACUACAGACCAUAAGGUAGCCGGGGAGACUGUAAGACUUGAUAUUAACGAUCAAGAUCGUCCUGAAGCUAGAUCAGAGGAUGAAGAAUUCCUUGCAGAGGUCAAGGAGAAAGUAUCAAACGACAGCUCAAUCAAAUUUGAAGAGAAGAUGAUAAAAGAUGCUCAGGAAACUAUUGACGUGAUUCGCUCGUAUAGCCGUUGCAAUCUCUUCCUCGUGGGGAGAAUGCCGGAGGGUCAAUUAGUGGCAGCUUUUAACAGAAGGAGGGAAUGCCCGGAAUUGGGGCCAGUCGGGAACUUAUUAAUUUCCCCAGAUUUUUCGACCACGGCAUCAGUUCUGGUAGUGCAGCAGUACCGGAGCCAGCUUCCACUGGAAUCACUGAAUUCCCUGAAGGAACAUGACACGACUGAGGGCGAGUAUGACUCGCAGUAACUGUCUUUUCUUUACAGGAUUUGAAUCAUGUGUAGGUUAUAUCUUCUAAGUACAAGAAUACACAAGCCAACCAACUGUAUUUCUUAAUCUUUCCAUUGCAUUUCUGCUGUGUAGUUCAGUAAAAUGCAUAAUAAAAGUUCAAAGAUCAUUUGCUGUCUA